UUUUUUAAAAGAAACCUUACAGGAAAGCGCAGCUUUGCUUUUCUGUUUUUCAAGAAAAGCUUCGCCGGCUACAGCUAAGAUGGCUCCACGGCUUAAGAAAGCCCUGCGUGGAACGCUGUGUAAAGGGGCGAGGCGUGUCCAAGGAUAGUGUGUGACAACACACGCUCCGGUCCCCCCCUCCCGGCGAUUUCCCGGUCUAGUAGCCGCCGCCGCCUCGCAGGCACUAACGCUAGGCUGUGGACCGGCACAUCUUAUUGGCGCGAGGAAGCAUCUGUGCCGUGAGCAGACCCUGAGCUGAAGUAGCCCAGAAGAUGACAGAGUACAAACUGGUGGUGGUUGGAGCAGGAGGCGUUGGGAAAAGUGCCCUGACUAUUCAGCUUAUUCAGAAUCAUUUUGUUGAUGAGUAUGAUCCUACCAUAGAGGAUUCCUACAGAAAGCAAGUGGUCAUUGAUGGGGAGACCUGCCUAUUGGACAUUUUGGACACAGCUGGCCAAGAGGAAUACAGUGCCAUGCGAGACCAGUACAUGCGGACAGGAGAAGGCUUCCUAUGUGUCUUUGCUAUUAACAACACCAAGUCCUUUGAAGACAUUCAUCAGUAUAGAGAGCAAAUCAAGAGGGUGAAGGACUCCGAUGAUGUGCCUAUGGUGUUGGUGGGGAAUAAGUGUGACCUUCCUGCCCGGACUGUAGAAACGCGGCAAGCCCAGGAGCUGGCUCGGAGCUAUGGGAUUCCAUACAUAGAGACAUCAGCCAAAACUAGACAGGGAGUCGAAGAUGCCUUCUAUACUUUAGUGCGGGAGAUCCGGCAGCACAAACUACGUAAAUUGAAUCCCCCAGAUGAAAGUGGUCCAGGCUGCAUGAACUGUAAAUGUGUAAUAUCAUGACCAAGCUGACCAGACGGUUACUUGGAAGGCUUUCCACUGUGUGUAGCACGGAGAUGGAGGUGAUGUGAAAAUGGAAUCAAAUGGAUUCAGGGGAAAAGGAGAGAGAGGGUGGUGUCUGCAGGCCCCCAAGGGCUCCACAUGGACAGUCUUAAAACUUCAAGGCCUGCAAGGAACUGUUUUUAUUGUUUAAAUUCCCUUUUCUUUUUGCCUUUUUCCUUGCCUGGCAGUGUGUACAAAGCCACAUAAUGAAUUGCAGUAAAUUAUUAUUUGGUGGUCUUGA